AUGAAAUAAUGUCUAAAUAAGCUUUUAGUAUUAUUGAAUCUAGCAUGUGAAGCAUUCUUCCAAAAAAUGAUAGAAAUCCUUUACAUUGGAGAUAUUAUUAGGCCUGAAAUUCGGGAACCUAUAAUUCCGACCCUAGAACUACAGCCUAUCGAUCAGUCAAUAAAGUAGCCCUUGACCUUGCAUUCCUCAUCCUCUACUCCUGUUUUUACAAAAAAUGAAUCCAUCUAUAGAAGGGCAGAAUCUGAAAAAGAAUUUAGAAAGUGUAAUAUACCAAAGUACUUAAUUACAUUAGUUAAGUCUAGGUGACACAAUCAAUAAAGUUGAAAGCUACUCAAGAGACAUAUCAUUACUAAAUUUAUUUGAGGAUCGAUAAGAUCCUCAUCAAAAUCCAAAUUAAUUUGAUAAUCAUAAUAUAAGAAAUAAAUUACAGCCAAUAAUAGAAGAACAUAAAGUAUUUAAUAAUCUAGAAAAUUUAGAAUUUGAAGAAAUAAAAUAAAACCCUGAUAAUCAUUAAUAGUAUAUUUAAAAUCAAUAAAACAAUCAACACUCUCAAGAACAAAUAACAUAAGAUCAAUUUUAUUCAAUUAUCGAUAAUCCAAACAAAAUUACUUAAUCAGAAUAAUUUUUUAGCAUCAUAGAUAGAAGUUCUUUUAGACAUAGUUUUAACAAGAAUUUGCCAAAAAAAUGA